ACAGAAAAUGUCAAAACCUGACAACUUGCCUUUUGUAAAAUUUGUAACAACGGAAAAAAUAAAUUCUGAAUAUUUUACCAAAGCUUAUGAGGCUGUGGAAGAAUUUCAGCCAGAGGACCUUUUGCAGAGUGUACAGGAAAAUGAAGCAGUUUGUCUGAAAGAAAAAGACAGCUCACUUUAUAUAUGUGACUCCUUUGAAGGAGAAGCUUUUAAUCAUCUCAAAAAGCUUGGCUGUAGGAUUGUUGGCCCACAAGUUGUGCUAUUCUGCGUUCAGCAACAGCAGUGUGUGCCCAAAGCUGUACAUCCUGUUUACAACAUGGCCAUGUCUGGCGUGGUGAUUUCAUGCACAAGCCUGAACAAGGAGAUCAGGGAUGAAGUACAUAAAUGUGUACAGCUGAUGGGUGGGAGGAUUUCACGGGAUUUCAAUAUCUCAGUGACUCAUCUCAUAGCUGGAGAGGUUGGAAGUAAGAAGUAUUUAGUGGCUGCUAGUCUGAAGAAACCUAUUUUACUUCCAUCCUGGGUGAAAACAUGCUGGGAACAGUCUCACCAUGGCAUGAUUAGCUACACAGAUAUGAACCUGGAAGAACAUCUCUGUCCUCCAUUCCUUGGAUGUACCAUCUGUGUGACUGGGCUGAGUAGUCUCGAUAGGCAGGAGGUGAAACGUCUUACACUGGAGCACGGUGGGCAGUACACAGGGCAGCUGAAGAUGAAUGACUGUACGCAUCUUAUAGUGCAAGAAGCUAAAGGCCAGAAGUUUGAAUGUGCACAAAAGUGGAAUGUGUACUGUGUAUCCAUCCAGUGGUUCUUUGACUCCAUUGAAAAUGGUACAUGUCAGGAUGAAUCCAUCUAUAAAGUUGAACGCCAUCCAGAAUCUGGGGACAGUGCUCCAAGUAGCUCAACUCCAACCAACAAUGGAAACCCACUGAAUUCUCAACCACUGCCAGACCUCAGUCACAUUUCCAACAUUAGCAUGAGCAGUGUCAAUGAAUCUGCCUUUUCUGCCAUGUCCACUAAGCUGGAAAUGCCUUCUGAUCCUCUUGAAGCUCUGGAUAUCAGCGGUUUUGAAAUUUCUGAAGACUUGUUAGAUGGAUGUAAAAUUUAUUUAUCUGGAUUCAGUGGUAAGAAGUUGGAUAAAUUGCGUCGAAUGAUUAAUUUUGGUGGCGGAGUGCGGUUCAAUCAGUUCAGUGAAGAUGUUACUCAUGUGAUUGUAGGAGAAGAGGAGAAGGAACUGAAAGUGUGUUUAAACAAAAUGUCACACAGGCCACAUGUGGUUACAGCAAGGUGGUUGGUGGAAUGCUUUUCCAAGAGCUGUCUUCUUCCUGAGGAGCGGUAUUUCCAUCCAACCUAUCAGCCUGCUGACGUUCUGAUCACAGAGAAGCCAAGCACCAAGCAAGCUCGUUUGACUGUAAAUAGUAAUAAAGCAGUGACGACCAGUCCAGGCAGACAACAGAAGGCGGAUGAGGAUCUGCUUUCCCAGUACAUGGACAACGACACAACCAUAGUUGGACUUGUAAAUCAUGAACAAUCAGAGAGUAACUUCCAAGACACAACCAGGGUUAAUGUUCAGGAACAGAACAGGCCUGCGAACGAUUCCACAUUCUGGACUGAGCCUGCAGCUGAGGAGAGUCUGUUCAACAAGAAGAGGUUUCUGGUAUUUGGCUUCAGUAAUGAAGAUGCUGUUUAUCUGGGUGAAUUAAUCCGGGACAGCGGUGGCAGAGUGUUACCACCCCACAGCCGCGUGGUUGCGGACUACGCUGUUGUUCCUUUGCUGGGAACUAAAGUGGAUGCGACUGUAGCAGAAGUGGUUACAAACACAUGGCUGAUGAUGUGCAUUGAUCAGCAGUGUAUAUUGGCCUUACGGUCCAAUGCCCUCUUUACUCCUAUGUCCGUUAUGGAUGGAAGCACUCCCUUGAACGACUGCGUACUUUCUGUUAGCCAAUUUACUGGGGCAGAGAGAGAUGCACUAAUUAACAUAGCACAACAUCUUGGAGCAAGAGUGCAGGAGUAUUUUGUUCGAAAAGCAAACUUAAGGAAGGGCAUGCUUGCCAGCUCUCACCUUGUACUGCGAGAACCUGAAGGCUCCAAAUAUGAAGCUGCUAAAAAGUGGAACUUACCAGCUGUGACAGUAGCCUGGCUGUUCGAGACGGCUCACACAGGGAAGAAAGCUCAGGAAAAUGAUUUCCUGGUGGAAAAUGCUACUGAUGUAGGUAACGCUGCUCAGGCCUCCAAAUCCGCUGAUAUGAACAGAGUGCAAGAACACAGACCUGACACUCCCUCGUCCAGGCUAGAGACUCGGCUCAACCCUGCUGUCACCCCACUGGACUUCAACAAAUUCCAGAGUAAGGCCUUCCAGUCAGUUCUAGCUCGGCACAAUGACACAAAGAGUACAGGAACUGAGGCCGCUCCCCAGAGAGAAAGCCCCCUGCAGCUCGAUACUCCUUCAAAAUUCUUGAGCAAGGAUAAGCUGUUCAAGCCAUCGUUUGACGUUCAGGAUGCUUUGGCAGCUCUGGAAACUCCGGGUGGUCCUCACCAGCGGAGCAGGAAGAUGAGCACUCCACUGUCUGAGCUGAUUGGCAGGAACCUCAAGGUGGCUCUGGCAAACAGCACUCGCAACGUGGCAGCAGCUUCCGCAGCCAGCCCACGGCUUCACGUUUCUGAUGCAGUAAAGGUAAAACAGGAAGACAAAUUGCUGGUAAAUGUGGUGAUUUGUGUGAGUAAGAAGUUGGGUAAAAAACAGGGCAAUCUGAACGCCAUUGCAGCCUCUCUUGGAGCAGAAUACAGGUGGAGUUAUGAUGAAACAGUAACUCAUUUCAUCUACCAGGGACGGCAGAAUGACAACCAUCGAGAAUACAAGGCUGUCAAAGACAAAGGUGUAUACAUUGUCUCUGAACACUGGCUGUUAGCGUGCGCUGAUGAGCAGAAACGAGUGGCCGAGUCGCUCUAUCCUCACACCUACAACCCAAAGAUGAGUCUGGACAUCAGUGCAGUUCAAGACGCCAGAGUCUCCACUCGCAUGUUCGCUUCACAAGUCAGACAAGAUACUGAACAGAGCUGUACUGUGGAUGAGGAAAUGGGGACUGAGAGUGAUGAACACUCAAAUGAAGAAAUUGCACUUAAUCAAGAGCGAAAUGUUCCAAAUGAAGGAAGUGGAGAUUUGACGGAAACCUCAGAAAUGAGGGAGAAUUUUCAACGUCAGUUAGAGGAGAUCAUGUCUGCUACGAAGGUAGAGAAGGGAGCAGGUCACCAUGGCUCCUUAUCCAGGGUAGCUUUGGAUUACUCUCCGUCAUUAGCUGAGAAUGCUGUUCGUUUAGAGCGGAGCAGAGCACUGGAAUCUCUGAGGCGAUCACGGCCAGCAGCCAUGGAUAUCAACACGGAGCCCUCACAGAAUGAGCAGAUUAUUUGGGAUGAUCCAACAGCCAGAGAAGAAAGGGCCAAGCUGGCUAACAAUAUGCAGUGGCCAGGCAGCCCCUCGCAGUACUCUGAGCAGUUUCAAAGAAACCUGGAGAAAGCAGAGGAUGAACUUGUGAAACACAGGGAUUCCCUAACUGACACAGAAAUGGCCAAAGUAGUGACCUGCGAUUUUGACUUUACUUAUGUAACGGAAGCAUCAUCAUCUCGAGCCAAGAGAAGCUGCGAGAUUCCAGCCAAGGAUGAGGAGCUGAUUCUCACCCCUCAGGCUCCCAGUAUAGCAUUUCCACUGGCAAAACCCCCCGUGGCACCGCAGCCUAAAGAGCAGGUUCACGUUAAUCAGAGUAAGACGAAAGAAGUGCACGUUCAACGCAGAUUCCAGUUAUCUUCUCUCAACCCUCAGGAGCGAAUUGACUAUUGCCAUCUCAUUGAGGAGCUAGAUGGAGUGGUGCUGGACAGGCAGUGCUUUGACCCUUCCUGCACGCACAUCAUUGUGGGGCAGCCCCUGCGAAACGAAAAAUACUUGGCUUCCAUGGCAGCUGGGAAGUGGGUCCUUCAUCGAUCCUAUUUGGAAGCUUGCAGAACUGCGGCCAAAUUUAUCCAGGAGGAAACAUAUGAGUGGGGAAGCAGUUUUGUGCUGGACGCUCUGCCAAAUCUUGGUGUGCAGCAGAAGAAGCUGGCAGUAGCGGCCAUGAUGUGGAGGAAAAGGCUGGAGAAGCAAAGGCUCGAGAGCACUGAUGUGGAGAUUGGUGCGUUUAGUGGUUGGAAGAUUAUUUUAAAUGUUGAUCAGUCCAAGGAGGCGGGAUUCAGACGACUACUGCUUUCAGGUGGAGCUAAGGUUUCUCCCAGCCAUUUGCCAUUUGACUACAGGGGCGCAACCCACCUGUUUGCUGACUUCAGCAAAUUAAAGCCGGAUGACCCGCGAGUGAAUGUUGCUGAGGCUGUUAAACAAAGAGUGAUGUGCCUCAAGCCAGAGUACAUUGCAGACUAUCUCAUGCAGGAGUCUCCUCCUUCAGUAGAAAAUUACUUUCUUCCUGAAGCUGUGCAGCUUUUACAAGACCCCAGAAUGGGGAUAUCUCGGAAACGAAAAUCACUUGAAGAGUUCUGAUGCUAAAAACGUAUCUUUUUUUCCAAUUAUUUAUAUUUCUCCUUUGAACCUACUCUCAGUAUCCAGCCACCCUCAGCUCAGCACAAGAAAUUACAUUCUGAUAACUCAACACAUUUUUUCUCAGUUCACAUUGUUCACAUUUGUGAAGAAAUGUGAUUCAUAAAACCAGCAAGUGCAAUGAACAAUUUUAUCCUGACACAUUAGAAGAUGCAACUCGGCAAUAUUAAAAAUAUCCAGUUGAAAUGAAUUUAUCAGGACUCUUAUGUUUAUUCUGUCUACAAACUAGAUAUUUGAUUGUAUACUUAAAUAAAUUUCUUUACCUCA